CUCGCCCGGCAACCCCGCGCUUCCGUCGGAAAAGCCGGUCCAGCCUCACUAGUCGUGCUCUUAUAUAAGUCUCCAGACCCAGGCAUAAAACACGUUCAAGCACCCGCCAUCCAGAUCUGAGCCCAGCCCCUGCAUUGAGUCCAUCAUCCAGAAACGGCCGACUCCACCACAAGUUUUCUCCAAGCUCGCAGACCCGAUUACUGGUUCCUAGAUGAGCUCCACCUCUUCAGCUCAGUAUACCCUCUACCAUGCCACGUUGGUGCACACGCCCAAGCUCGGCCAGAUCGAGAUUUUGCCCGAUUCGUUGGUGGGGGUCGAAAGCGGGGGCAAGAUCGCCUAUCUCGAUUCCUUCGGCCCCGCCAAAAAGGAUAUCCAUGGCUCAGCCUGUGCCUAUUUCCGCACCAUCGCCAACCACGACUUCACCUUUGUGGACUACUCCGGAAGCACGUGCACGUUUUUAUUCCCCGGCUUCAUAGACACACACAUCCACGCGUCGCAGUACCCGAACGUGGGCAUCGGCUCGGAGUUGCCCUUGCUCGAGUGGCUCAAAGACUACACGUUUGCACUCGAAAGCAAGUUCUGCGGCAAUCAGCAAGACCGGCUCCGGUUUGCAAGGGAGAUCUACUCCAAAGUCAUCGACAAAACAUUGACCAACGGCACCACCUGUGCGUCGUACUUUACCACGGUAGACACGGAGACCACCAAAGUGUUUGCCGACUUACUUGCACAAAAAGGCCAGCGAGGCAUGGUGGGCAAGGUAUGCAUGGACUACAACCAGCCCUUUCCCAGCUACGCCGAGCCGGCGGCAGAGUGCCUUGCAGGCAUGCACGAGCUUAUCGACCACUGCGAGAAAAUCAACGACAACGGCCAGCCACAGGGUGCUUUGCCGAUGGUGAAGCCCAUAGUCACCCCGCGAUUUGCACCCGUGUGCCUGCGGGACCUCAUGGCCCAGUUGGGCCUGCUCUCCCGCGAGAAGGGCCUCCCUGUGCAAACGCACAUCUCGGAAAACAUCGACGAGAUCAAGUUGGUCAGGGAAAUCUUUCCGGAGUGCGCUAACUAUACCUCUGUUUACGAUACACACGGCUUGCUCGGGCCCUCGACCAUCUUGGCCCACGCCGUUUAUUUGGAUGACCAGGAGCGCCAGAUCAUCAAGCAGAAACAGUGCUCCAUCAGCCACUGCCCUACGUCGAACUCUUUCAUCACCAGUGGUGAAGCACCGGUAAGAGAAUAUCUCUACGAGGACCAAAUCAACGUAUCUUUGGGCACCGACCUCUCGGGGGGCUACGAACAGUCCAUUUUGGGCGUAGCCAAGAACCUGGUGAUGGUGUCCCACCACUUGACGAUGGGCAGCGAAAAAGACCACAAGCUCAGUGUGGCAGAUGCUCUAUAUAUGGCGACGAUGGGGGGCGCCAAGGCUUGUAAUUUGGAGCUGAGCCUCGGCAGCUUUGCCAAAGGCAAAUACUUUGACGCGCAACUUAUCGACGUGCACAGUGUCAACUCGAAUAUCGACGUGUUUGACUUUCAAACCCCGGUGUUGGGAGAGGAAGACUACGAGAAAAAGAUGGUUCUGUUGGUGCACAGGUGGCUAUUUUCAGGAGACGACAGGAAUUGUGUCAAGGUCUGGUGCAAUGGGAAGUUGGUGGUGGACAAGGCUGACCCUUGGAUUUAUAUAUAGUGUAUGUAUUGGGGGUAUCAUGCAAGUCAUGGUGUAUUCUGGAAGCCAGUAAAUUGGGUGCAAGACCUGAGCCGUGUAGUUAUUGAGAAG